AUGCCAAAAGUUAAAAUUACACGUCGUGAAGAAAAAGGAUUGAUUGAUUUUAACAUGGUCAGCAAAAAUCGAUCCGAUUACGUAUUACUAUUAUUCUGUUCGAGGAUUCUUUAUCGUGUUCAAUUAAUCUGUUUCACAAAUGACCAAUUAACUUUCGACGACAUCAAUUUUAUUGUUAAACAACAAAUUGAUAUUUUCCCCGAUUUGAUUCAUUUGAUUUACAAAAUCAACAACGAUAAAAACAACAAUAAUUCCGUUUAUAACUCUGACGCUUACGUUGAUUAUAUUAUCGGCACAUCAUAUGACAACUUGCUUAGAAGCAUUUUACGAGCAAAAACUCCCAAAUCUUCCAACGAUUAUAAUUAUUAUAACGGUCAUAAUGUUUACGAUUCCAAUAACAAUUAUAAUUAUAAUAACGUCAUCAACAAAAUUAACACAAACACAAACAUAAACAUAAAUAAUAAUAAUAUGAAUCCGUUAGACAUGGUUCAUAAUUUGUUGAUCGAAGAAUACUCGAAUAUUCAAAACUGUAACAAACAAAGCGAUAUUGUCAUCAAAAAAAUCUAUCUGAACGAAAACAUUUCAUUGGAAACCAUAUCUACAACAUCAUCAACAACAACUCCUUCUUCCCCCUCUUUCACAUCCACAUCUACAUCAUCACACCCAAUAAGUUCCGCACUUUCCACAACCACAACGGCAAACAACAACAUUAAAAUCUCUCACAUUUAUCCACCUAGAUCAUUUUUGUGGUUUCCAAUUUUGACUAUUCAAGAAAAUAUCACACAAAAGUCUACAUCAGCUUUUAACCUUAGAAAACGAAAUGAGUUUAAAGUCAACAAUGAUAAAUUAUCCUUUCGUCCUCAGCUGUUGAGAAUGAAAUUUGUACAAAACUCAGUUCAAUCAAACUUGAUUCUUAACUCCACUGUUAAAAAAAAUAACAAAUCAACAACAAUGUCAACUUCUACUGCAACAACCGCCGACACCACAACUACUAAAUCAAAUGUAACAAAUGAGCUUUUAAUCACUUCUCCUGCUACUCCCACACACCAAAUUUCUACUUCAACCCUUCAUUAUCCUCGCCCUCAUCAAAUCGAACUAGAAGAAGAUGCCAAAGUCACUUAUUUCACUGGGUAA